GAUCCGUCACUUCCUCCUGAAAAAAGGAAACAGGCUAAUCUUGCACAACUAUUGAGAGAUUCUCAGGACCGAAACAAACAUCUGGGAGAAGAAAUUAAAGAACUUCAGCAAAGGCUCGGAGAAGUCCAGGGGGACAAUAAGCUCUUGAGGAUGACCAUUGCCAAACAAAGGCUUGGAGACGAAGAAAUUGGGGUGCGCCACUUUGCAGCCCAUGAGCGGGAAGACUUGGUUCAACAGCUGGAGAGAGCCAAGGAGCAGAUUGAGUCUUUGGAGCAUGACCUGCAGGCCUCUGUGGAUGAGCUUCAGGAUGUUAAGGAGGAACGGUCUUCUUACCAGGACAAGGUGGAGAGGCUGAACCAGGAGCUGAACCACAUCCUGGGAGGGCAUGAGAACCGCAUCAUUGAUGUGGACGCCCUGUGUAUGGAGAACAGGUACCUUCAAGAGAGAUUAAAGCAACUCCACGAAGAGGUCAACCUCUUGAAAUCGAACAUCGCCAAGUACAAGAAUGCUCUGGAGAGGCGGAAAAACUCCAAGGGCCAGGGGAAAUCCAGCAGCAGUGCUUUGACAGGAGUCCUGUCUGCAAAGCAAGUUCAGGAUUUGCUGUCUGAGGAUCACGGCUGCAGUCUGCCAGCAACCCCGCAGUCCAUUUCUGACCUGAAAUCUCUGGCAACAGCACUGUUGGAGACGAUCCAUGAGAAGAACAUGGUCAUUCAGCACCAGAGGCAAACCAACAAAAUCUUAGGAAAUCGUGUUGCGGAGCUAGAAAAAAAAUUAAGAACUCUGGAAGUUUCUGGUUUGUGGAGUCUUCCAGGGGGCAAGGACACCAUACUGCUCAGUGACCCCACUCUUCCCACCACACAGAGGUCAAGAUCCCCACUGAUGAAGUUUGCUGAGCAGCCCGUGGAGAACAAAGUGAACCCCAAGGACGAGGAGGUUCAGAAGCAAGAAGGAGAUGAAAGUCGUGCUGCUGCCGAGGCGUUGACAGCGCCCGAGGAUGCUGGGGGGCCCGCUGUCAACUCCCCAGCAAAUGUGAGCCUCGGGAACCAACACAAGCUCUUUCAUCCUUCAUUACCCCGGUUACCUUCUGAGGAAGAAGAAGUAAACAAGCUUGGAAGGGAAAUAAUUAAACUGACAAAGGAACAGGCAGCUGCAGAACUGAAAGAGGGCAGAAGGCAGAGUCCCGUGGAGGGUCAGAGCAGCGAGAGGGGGCCGUCCUCACCGGGCCUGGCCUGCUCUGGGGAGUCCCCCAAAUCUCAGCCGGAUGCCACUGAGUCCAGCCAGCCAGAGGCCGAAGCUUCCACACUGGAAGACGGCAAAGGGAUCCCCGAGGGUGGCGGCACGAGGGGCACCAUGAAAACAUGAAAGGGAGAGGAAGCCGACAGGAUGACACAGUGAAAGGCCCCGGACAGUAAGGAGCGCCGUGUCGGAACAGCAUGCCCCAGCCGCUCUCUCCUGAAACACCUCCCAAGCUGCAAGCGAGAAAACCCUGUGUCCUGCUGCAAACUGUGACUAAUCUGAGGCUGCCAGGACAGUUUGAUUUAUUAAAUGCGGGUCCUCAA